AUGGGAUGCUGUCAAUCGACUUUCUUGAAACCGUCGUCAUUGCAUGCCAAAAAAACCUCCGACGAUCUUGGAAAACGCACUAAUCGCCACCGUCAUCGUAACCACAACAACAACGAGGGCGGUGGCGGCAGGGGAUGGCAUUUUUCCAACGUUCCGGACUUCUCCGAGUUCUCCGCAGCGGAUCUUCGCGACGCAACCAACAAUUUCAGCGUCAAUUCCGUCGUUUCGGUUUCUACCGACCAAACACCAAACGUUGUUUACCAAGGUUGUCUUCGAAAGAAAGACAAAAACAUCCGUCGAAUCGCCGUUAAAAAAUUCUCAAAAUCAACCUGGCCUGAUCCCAAACAAUUCGUUUCAGAAGCUCAAGCUAUUGGGAAAAUGAGGCACACGAGGCUGGUGAAUUUGAUAGGUUAUUGCUGUGACGGAGACGAAAUGUUGCUUGUGUCGGAGUACAUGCCCAAUGAAACCCUAACCAAACAUCUAUUUCACUGGGAGAAACAAACCAUGGAGUGGGCUAUGCGAUUGAGAGUUGCACUUUAUGUAGCUGAAGCUUUAGAAUAUGGCAAACAGAGUGGACAUAGCUUGUACCAUGAUCUCAAUGCUUAUCGGGUUCUCUUUGAUGAGAAUGGGAAUCCUCGGCUUUCAUGUUUUGAAUGGAUGAAAGAUAGCAAAGAUGGCAAAAACUUUAGCACAAACCUCGCUUAUACACCGCCUGAAUAUAAUACAACUGGUACGUUAAUUCCAGAGAGUGUCGUCUUCAGCUUUGGGACGUUUCUUAUGGAUCUUCUUAGUGGCAAACAUGUCCCUCCAAGUCAUGCGGUUGAUACAAUUCAAAAACAAAACCUACCUGCCUUGAUAGAUUCACACCUUGAAGGAAACUAUCCAGAGGAAGAAGCAGCAUCGGUGUUUGACUUGGCUUCCAAAUGCCUCCGCAAUAACCCUAAGGACAGGCCUGAGUUUAAAGAUAUCAUCUCAAGUCUUGCUAAACUUCAACACAAACUAGAUGCUCCGUCUUACGCUAUGCUUGGGAUAUUGAAACUCGAAAAACUUGAAACGGAACCUUCGAGUUCUGUCAUUUACGAUGCAUGUCACCGCAUGGACCUCACAGCUCUUCAUCAGAUUCUUGAAGCGAUGGAUUACAAAGACGAUGAGUUCAUAGAUACAGGGAUCAUGAUCUCUCCGACAGUAUAUGCAAGAAGAAGCAUGUGCCAUAUGUUGUGCGACCAGCCAGAUGAAGCACUCCGAGACGCGAUGCAAGCACAGUGUGUCUAUCCAGACUGGCCCACUGCGUUUUACCUUCAGGCGGUGGCUCUUGCAAAGCUGAAUAUGCUCCAAGACUCAGCUAACAUGCUCAAAGAAGCUGCUAUAUUGGAAGACAAGAGGCUCGUAAACUGA